UGCAACUCAGCAAGAAAAGGGGAAACGGGUAACGGGUAGCGGGUGUUAACUAGCAAUCAAACAUGCAAGACCGUAUACUCCGAUUAAGAGCGGGUGCAUAAGAGCAUGAACAUACUGACAUACAGAAGCAAUGCGCUUGCCAACAGACCCGUGCGUAUUCGGAAACCUUCUUUUGGUGCCAACAGAGAGAAAAGAAGGGGUCACAAAAGUUCAGGUGAUAUGCUGCGUCAGAUGUGCAGGUCACCAACGAUUUUUAAAUAUUUUGGCGGCCUCGUCGCGCUUGUAUGACCCGCGGGGAUUUCAAGCACCGGCAGUCUGCGCAUACUGCUGUAAGACACAAACAUGCCAGAGUAAAGAUGGGAGACUGGAACUUUCUUGGUGGGAUUUUGGAAGAGGUGCAUAUCCACUCCACCAUGGUGGGGAAGAUCUGGCUGACCAUCCUCUUCAUCUUCCGCAUGCUGGUGCUUGGGGUGGCAGCGGAGGAUGUGUGGAAUGAUGAACAGGCUGACUUUAUCUGCAACACCGAGCAGCCUGGUUGCCGCAAUGUGUGCUAUGACAAGGCAUUCCCCAUUUCCCUCAUCCGCUACUGGGUGCUGCAGGUCAUUUUUGUUUCUUCACCCUCGCUAGUGUACAUGGGCCAUGCUCUCUACCGCCUCCGUGCCCUUGAAAAAGAACGGCAGCGCAAAAAAUUGGCACUGAGACGUGAACUCGAGACCGUGGAUGUAGAGAUGGCGGAGAUACGACGCAAAAUAGAGCGUGAGCUUCGGCAGAUUGACCAGGGGAAGCUGAACAAAGCUCCGUUGAGGGGGUCUCUUCUGCGCACCUACGUGGCUCACAUAGUCACCCGCUCGGCCGUAGAGGUGGGUUUCAUGACCGGACAAUAUGUUCUGUAUGGGUUUCAACUAUAUCCGCUCUACAAAUGUGAGCGGGAGCCCUGCCCGAAUGCGGUGGAUUGCUUUGUAUCUCGACCCACUGAAAAAAGCGUCUUCAUGGUGUUCAUGCAAUGCAUAGCUGCCAUCUCAUUGUUUCUCAACAUCCUGGAGAUCAUGCACCUGGGCUACAAGAAGCUUAAAAAGGUCAUCUUGAACUACUACCCACAGCUGAGGGACGAUCUCGAUGACAGCUACUAUCCCAACAAGCUGAAGAAAGAUUCGGUGGUGCAUCAGACAUGCUUCGGCACCUCCACUGGCCACAAGGCCACCAUUGCAUCUGCACCUUGUGGAUACAACCUUCUUCUUGAGAGACCACCUGAUGGAACCGCCUACCCUCCUUUGAUCAACCCAUCCUCUGCUUUCUUGCCUGUUCAGGGUGAUUUGCCAGCUAAAGAUGGUUCUGAUGCACCAAAGUACUCGCAGAAUAGUCACACGAAGCACAACAGCAAUUCCAACAACACCAGCAGUGAUACGUGUUCACCGCCUUGCAACUCCGUCACACCGCCGAAACAAGACGAAGGGGAAGAUUCUGUCCACCCUCCACCUCUGCUCAAGAAAGGCCAGGAUUCUAAGACUUCAGACUACACCAGGGAAUCUUCUCACACAUCAUCCGGCAUGGGAAAGAAGCCAUGGAAGGUCAGUGCACCCUGGAACUGCUCAACGGUUGUAGAAGGUAAUGGAUCAGACACGGAUUCCCUGGAAGGAGCUAAGGCCCGCUGUCCUUACGCCGCUGUGCGGGCACGUACUUCAUCCAGAUCUGAUUCCAAAAUGAGCAGGCCCACCUCUCCUGAUUCAAUAGAAGAAUCUAGCUCUGAGUCACGGCAUAGUCCACGAGCAUCACCAAGCCAUUGCGCCUCAUUGGCCAGCAGUUCCAGUAGCAGACGAGCAGCUCCUACAGACUUACAGAUAUGAGAAAACUUCAUUAUAUACAGUACAUUCACUAUUGAUGGUAGCCAUGUCAUUUGCACAGUUAUAUAGUGAUGGAAAAUGACUCCAAUCUCAGACUAAAGUUUUAUAUUCAACUCUUUAAUCCUUAAUGGAUUGUUUAUGCUCUCUUUUUACAUACAUAUCAAUUUAACAGUACACACUGACAGUAUAUUGAAUUAACAAUAGUAGUAUGACUACACUAGAGAGAUUGUACGUUUGAUUAUGCAUGCCUUGUUCUCACCUGGACACCUUGUUCUCUUUUUGAGUGCUUCCUGCAUCAGAAGUCAAAAUGAUGUAAUGGUAAAAAAAAAUAAAUAAAUUUCAAUACAUUGUGCUUUAAU